GAGUCGUGCAACGAGGUGCGGCGAAUCAUCCGCCAAGUCAAACCGGAGGUGGUGUUCCUGGAGGUGUGCUCCGACCGCGUUGCCAUGCUCAUGCCCAUGGACCACCUGCAGCAGCUGCCAUCACUGGCAGAGCUCAUAGCGGUGUGGCGCAGCAACAAGUCCAACGCCUUCGCCCUCAUCUAUGGCUACCUGCUCGCCAAGGUGGCAGCGCGCAUGGAGGUGUGUCCCGGGGCGGAGUUCCGUGCCGCCUACGAGGAGGCCGUGGCGUGUGGCGCUGUUGUCAAACUCGGUGACCGCCCCGUGCAGGUGACGUUGAGGCGCACGUGGGCCAUGAUGAGCCGCUGGCACCGUGUGAAGCUGGUGGCGCUGCUGCUGCUGCAGGCGCUCUGCCUGCCCUCCAAGGCCCAACUCCACCACCUCGUGGAGGAGCUCAAGUCGUCGGACCUGCUGUCACUGGCCGUGGCGGAGAUGGCCCGCGCCUUCCCCUCGCUGCUAACCACGCUCAUCCACGAGCGCGACCUGUACAUGGCGUGCAUGCUGCGGCACGUGGCCAAGAGGAGCUCGCGCGUGGUGGCGGUGGUGGGCAAGGGGCACGUGGCAGGCAUCACUGCCAACUGGACUCGCUCUGACAUCGAUGUGGCAGCGCUGCUGCGCAUGCCUGCCCCCCCCGCGCCCUUGUUCUCGCCGCUGGCGUGGCGCUGCUUGCUGGCCGGCAUGGCUGUGGGGGGCGUGGGCGUGGCUGCUCUCACCAUCACCGCAUGGCGCAGCCGGUGA